UCAAGUAAUUCAUCUCUAAUUAGUUAUGAAAUAUGUAAUAUAGAAUCAGAAAUCCAAAAUUUGAAUAUUGACAUCAACCGUAUAGACCAUUUUUCAGAAAUAAAUCAAUCUACUGAAAUUAUUGCUGCUGCUGAAAAAGGUUCAGAUAACUUCCUUGCUACACCUUAUAAACAGAAAGAAAAAUCAACACAAUGUCCUGAAUGUGGAAAAGUUUUAUGCACUCAACAGGUACUUACAAGACAUAUGAAUUGUCAUCGGACUGUUAAAGAAAAAUAUUGUUGUAAUAUAUGUGGUCGAACUUACACCUGGAUAACCAGUCUUCACCAUCAUAUGAAAGUACAUGAAGGACCACUCCCUCAUUCCUGUCAUCUUUGUUCAAGAAGUUUUGCCUAUGUCUCUCAUUUAAAACAACAUUUAGAAAAAUAUCAUUAUUCACUCACUCCUCAAUAAAACUGAUUGUUCAUAAUUAGAUUGAGUUUUAUGCAAUUUUAAGUUUAAUGUGUUUUUUUAUUCAAAAAUCAGAUCAUUACUUGAAAUUGAUUUUUUUUCAUCUCAUAGUUAAGUGAACA